ACAUUUUCCGUUCACAUUGUAGUUUGCAUGCAGAAAAUUUAGCACAGUUUUUUUUUCUGUCGGUUAAUUGUCGAACCAAUUUAUGUCCCAAUAUAAUACCAAAAAAGAUCCUUGCAAAGCGAAUGCCUGUAGAAUUCAAGCUUGUUUAAAGGAAAAUAAUUAUCAGGAAGACAAGUGUUGGGAGGUUUUGGAGCAGAUGCGACAGUGCUGCUUAAAGUGGCACAAAACAUCUUUAUGUUGUUCAGGCAUUGACUUGGAACGUCCCUAUAAACAAAGUGAAAAGUCGAUUGAAGAGGAAAAAGCCAAAGGAAAACGUUAA